CUUUGCAAAUUUUGCAUACCUAAACAUGUGAAAGAAAAGAAAAUUGAAUGUUCAUUCAUAAUACCUAAUUAUCAAAUAUUUUCAUUUCAUAAGGUGCCACACUUAGCACAACACUUAGCAAACUUUUUGUUAAAAUCACAUUUUCAACAAUCAAAACGAGUUUUGAUUUGAGGCAGCGCUGUGCUACUGGCGAAGAAUCAUGGCGGCGUUCAUCAGGGGUGCCCGGGUGGCAAUUUUGCCCAAAAAUGUGUUUUCGGCCACUACUGUUCGAACAGUUUCUGUUGCCUCAGUUCUAAGAUGUGGCGAUUUGCUAUCCCGGGUACCAAACAGCUCUUCUUGUCUCCUUAGGCAACAUAGAAGGGCGGAGCUGCAGACGCGGUUCUACUCGGCCAAGGACCCGCUGACCCUGGAUAUCAUCCGGGACCGGGUGCUGCUCGUGCUCAAACUCUACGACAAGAUCAACCCGGAGAAGCUCACGGUCGACUCACACUUUAUCAACGACCUGGGGCUGGACUCUCUGGACCACGUCGAGGUUAUCAUGUCCAUGGAGGACGAGUUCGGGUUCGAGAUUCCCGACAUGGACGCCGAGAAGCUGAUGCGGCCGGCCGACAUUGUCCGGUACGUGGCCGACCGCGAGGACGUGUACGAGUAGCCCCGCCCCCCGCCCCCCGCCCCCUCCGCGCCGCCCGGCACAGGGGACGCCGCCGGCGGCACGGCGCGCCGCCGGCAUAUUGAUUAUGAAUUGUUUCUUAGUGACCUACCUAUUGUAUGAUUGGGUGUGAAAUAAAACGACUCCGAUGUG